CAAUUAUGUAUCUAUAGCCCCUACAUAUAUAAUCUGUAUGCAUACACGAUCUCAUCCUUCGUGCUUCAAUCAAUUGUUUGAUAACUUUGUGGAUUCAUCGUGAGUUUAAGUAUGCUCGCCGACUGUGUGAGCAACGGCCAGCUGGACUCGCGCACUUGCGACGAGCUGUCAUCGGCCUCCGGCGGUGCGGAAAGUUCCGGCGAGAUCAUGCUGUUUGGAGUGCGGGUGAGGGUGGACCCCAUGAGGAAGAGCGUCAGUUUGAAUAACUUGUCUCAGUACGAGCAUCUUAUUGCUGCUACGACUGAUAAUGAGUCGAUGAAAGCGGCGGUGGACGUCGACGACGGUUAUGCCUCGGCUGAUGACGCCGUCCCCCACCGCUCUAGCGCUGGCCGCGAGCGUAAGCGAGGAGUUCCAUGGACGGAAGAAGAGCACAAGCUGUUCCUUUUGGGAUUACAGAAAGUAGGAAAAGGAAACUGGAGAGGAAUCUCUAGAAAUUAUGUAAAGACUCGCACACCUACACAAGUAGCAAGUCAUGCUCAGAAAUACUUCCUCCGACGAACCAAUCUCAAUAGGCGCCGCCGCAGAUCCAGCCUCUUUGAUAUCACCACUGAAGCGGUGUCUCCAAUAUCACCUGAAGAGGGGAAGCUGCCUCAAGACAACCUGGUUCCUGUUGCUCCUGUUUUGCUACCACUACAAAUUGAGAGGCCAAUGGAAAAUCUGGUGUUUGCACAAGAACACCAAGUGAACAACGCAUCCACCAUACUUGUCCACCCACUUCCUGUCGUUUCGGUUCCUUGUUCACCCUCACUGGCAGCCUCUCAGCUCAUUGAGCCAUCAUCUCUGUCCUUGAAACUGUCCAUGUCAUUGGAUCAGAGCCAGCCAUCGUCUAUGCACUUGGUGUUCCCAGGGAUGUCAAGCUUCAUUAAUGGAGACACUGUCCUCAGCGUGGCAUGAGAAAGAAGAAGCUUUGCAUAUUUGUAGGAUCCCUAACUUAUAAACCAAAGAUGUAGAAUUAAUUUGGGCAUUUUUAUUUAAUUUUGUACAGAUUCCAGAAUUUUCAUGCCUUGCCCACCUUAUUGUUUUAUGCUAUGCUAUUUCAGAUGUUUAUUGGCCUACAAUAAUAUCCAUUUGCUUGCUUGCA